UAAGGGUGACCAGGAUAAAGGCAAGUCCCAUGAAGGGAUGGAUGUUGACAAUAUGAUGCUGAGCAGACAAAGCCAAGAACCAUAUGAUUUCACUCACAUGGGGCAAAUGAAACUGAAAGCACAAAAUGAGCACACAAGACAAUCAAACAAAACCUCGCAGAGACUGGAAAGCAUGGAACUGACUGAGGAUUCUCAGAGGCAUGGGGAUAAAAUUCUGAAGAUAUUGGAAAAUCUUCAGGAAAAAUUUGCUGAGACUAAAUCAUCAUAUGAGGCUUGGAAGAAAGAAGGAUCGAAAGCUGGGAGACAAGCAGCAGCCCUGGGAUCUGUGAAAGUGGCUGGAGAUGCAGUUGGUAAAAUUUCCCUGUUUGAAAAUGUACUGAAGGACUACAGGACUACAACAGCAGUACCUGCUGCUGCUGUGAAAGGAGGGGCUGGACACCCCUUCCUUAGGGGCCAGGGCAGUUGCUGCGUUGCUGCUGGAAAAGAGGAGGGUGUGGAGGGGCUGAAGCCCAAGCCGCCUCAGCCCCCAGAGCGCUUUGCAAUGCCCAAACUUGUCUCUAGCUGCAGCCCUGGCUGUGUUUGGCUUGGAGCCAAGUGGCCGAGAGUCAGGGAUGGCAAGGGAACUGGUAAACAGGGCUAA